AUGCUCCCUCGAAGAACAAAUCAGAAUCCACAAUCAAAUACCCGAAGCUUUUUGAACGUCUCCGAUGAUAAAGUUCACCUUAUUGAUCUGCCUGAAGAUUCUGAUAGCAAUCGUCGAUGUGGAUCUUCAUAUGGAUGGCUUGUGAUUCUCGAAGAAACCCCUUCAAUUUCAAUCGUAAACCCAUUAACCCAGGCCAAACACCACCUCCCACCAUUAUCAUCGUUUCCAAACGUAACAUCCUUCGAGCCUUCUGAAAUUGGGAAAGAAUACACUCUCAAAACAUCAGAAGGGGAAGUAUAUACAUGUAAUUCAAAAGAAAUGCGUGAUUCUUUCAUCAAAAAGAAAGGCGACAACUGUUGGAAAUUCAUAGACGAUGCAAAUUCUUUCUGUGAGGACGUUGUUUUUCACAAAGGGUGUUUCUACGCUGUGAGUAAACAUGGAACAGUUGCUAUAUGUGACAUUACUGGAUCAUCACCAAAUGUUUCCUUUAUCGAAACCCCAAGACAAGUUGGAGGUGAUAUGCAAUAUUUGGUGAUAUGGAAAGAUGAAUUACUGUUGGUGACUCGAUAUAUGGAGGUUGAAUUUAACAUGGAUCAUCAUAAAGUUGAUAUUGUGUAUAAAACUACCGACUUUCGAGUGUUUAAGUUGGUUUUAAAUGGGCCAAAAUGGGAGAGUAUGAGUGGAUUGGAUGGGUGUGCGUUGUUUUUGGGGGAGAAUUCUUCCAUGGCGUUUCGUGCUUCUGAUUUCCAUGGUUGUAAUGGGAAUUGUAUAUAUUUCACAGAUGAUUAUUCUGAGUGGAAUUAUGAUGGUGCUAAUGGGGAUCAUGAUUUGGGUAUUUAUGACUUGGAAAAUGGUAGUGUGUCCAAGUCUACAUUAAUCACCAGGCCUGAUGGGUUUAACGAGGAAAGUGGCAAGACAAAUGUGGAUGAUCAUUUUUCUAAGCUUGGUUGGCUUUUUGUAUGAUAUAUAAAGUUAUGAGAGUUUUUGGUAAUGAAAUAUUGUUAUUUCUUUCUUACUUCGACUAUAAAUUGCUUGACGUGUGAUAUAUGAAGUUAUAAUCGAAUGUAAGGAAAGAGGAAAUUGCAUCGUGUUCUAUGUUUAAUGUUGAUGUU